AACCAUUCGCACUCGCAUCCAGAUCCACUCCUCUCAAUCUCAUGCUAUACGUUAUAUCUUCAGUAAUUCACCCACAAUGAACGCCACGCAAGCCGUGCUUUGCUGGAUCUCUGCGCACCCAUACCAAACAGCUUUCCAUGUCGUGAACGGAUUCAUCAUCUGCACACCUGCAGCAGCGACCGUCCCCUUCCUAGCCGCACUUGGGUUCAGCACUACUGGACCUGUAGCUGGCACCGCAGCGACCGGAGUAAUGUCCUACUUCUCAACUGUUUCAGCUGGAGGCAUCUACGCGACUCUGCAGAGCGCAGCUAUGGGCGGCUACGGAGCCAGCGCUGUAGUGGGGCUUGCACAAGCUGGAGCUGCCUUGUCGUCUGUGGGGGCGUGGUUCGUGGGGAGGAACGUCACGCACGGAUGAAACGUUGACCCAUCAUAACGGUCGUAGAGCGCUCAAGUUGCGAGAUGACAGAGCGCGGAAGUCUAGUCAUGAAGC